UCGAGACAUGUAGCAGUCGUGCACCGGCAUCAUGGCAGACCGGCUCACUCAGCUCCAAGACUGCCUGGAUGAUCUCCUCAACCAGAUGUACGCUUCUCUGCACUACAUCCACAACCGCCAUCCGUAUGGCACCAUCGAGGGUCAGCCGCAAGGACCACACUUCCGCCUCGCCGGCGACGACGACGACAAGGAGGACAAGAAGGACAAGAAGAAAGGCUCCGCCGCGGCCGUGAUCAAUGGUGACAAUGAUGCGAAGCCCGAGGUCACCACUCCUGAGCAAGAGGACCCGGACAAGUUCAACACAGGCUUGAGAGAACUCGCACAGGAUCUGGUGCUUAAGGAGCAGCAGAUUGAGUACAUUGUGAACUCACUGCCGGGCCUGGGCAAUAGUGAGCAGAGUCAGGAGCAGAGGAUGAAAGAGUUGGAGCGCGAACUGCGAGAGGUCGAGCUGGAGCGGGAGAAGAAGGAAGCGGACAAGCAGGAGCUCGUCGCUGUACUGGGCGAAGUCAUUGGGAAGGUGAAGAGGGUGCCGUGAAUGCAUCUCACGCACUAUCAUCACUAUUCACUAUAUGCGUCGGGAUGCGGUACAAAGUAUCGUGUCGGACCUGCAGCACACCAGCGCACUUCUUCCCUACGAGCCUUCACUUGCAGCUGCGACUUACCCGUGGCAUCUGUGGCAGCACUGUCGUACGGGAGGUCCAUCUUCCGUGCAGCUUUUGCGGCAAACACAAGCGCUAUCGGAGGCAAUUGUUGCACAAACAAUCCUGCAUUAUUGGUGCCAUUGAGUCGCACACAAGCAUACUUUAUCUUCCCCCGGAGGCCGCUGCAGCAUCGGUCGUCAGUGCCGCCACUUUCACGAUGACGGGCGGGAGCAAAAUAUGGGCUGAACAACGGCAGCAAUCACCCACUUUCGUGAACUCGAGUGGCAGGCUGUACCCUGUUAGUCAACCGAAGAGUUCUUGCUUGAAGAACGAUUUUUCGAUUCAAGAUUCGAAAGAGCGG